CUAGAUUUGCUCUUCCUCUCGCAUUUUCCAUCUGGUGGAGACUGUAGAGGGAGAGAAAUGGUUUUAUGGGUAUUCGGGUAUGGGUCACUGAUAUGGAAAGCAGGGUUUGAAUAUGAUGAUCGACGAGUUUGUUUCAUCAAAGGGUACCGUCGUGUCUUCUACCAAGGUAGUACAGACCACAGAGGGACACCAGAAUACCCAGGAAGAACAGUUACAUUGGAGCCUGCUGAAGGAGAGAUCUGCUGGGGAGUUGCCUACAAGGUUUCCAAGGAGGAAGAUGAACAGAUUGCAUUAACAUAUCUAGAAGUGAGGGAGAAACAGUAUGACAAGAAGGCUUAUCUUGAUGUUUAUGCUGAGCCAAUGGCUACUACUCCUGUCAUCUCUGGAGUAAUGGUAUACAUAGCAUCCCCAGACAAGAAGCUUAAUCAUAACUACCUUGGCCCUGCAUCAGUUGAAGAGAUUGCCAAACAAAUUAUUCAUGCUGAAGGCCCCUCAGGUCCUAACAGAGAAUAUCUUUUCCAACUUGAACAAGCACUCCUUCAAAUGGGAUGUGAAGACAAACAUGUAAUGGAUCUCGCGAAUGAAGUGAGGCGCAUCCUUUCAGAGAAGGAGCUGACUGUUUCAUGACCCCAUGUAACAAUGGACAAGAGCAUUCUGAUUAGAAUUGAAACUCAAAAAUGUCCUCAAACUUUUAUGAGUUGAUAAAAUAUUAUUUAUUGGAUAGAGAAACAUUGUUGAGACUCGUUGUUGAAGCUCUGGAAAGUGAGACCCUGAAAGGCUUAUAUGAAUAAUAAUAUCUUAAUAAAUUCAUGAA